AGAGUUAUAGAUCACUGCCAAAAAUUGCGGAUGCACCUUUCUAUGUGAUAAAUUACUUAUUACACAAGCACGAGAACAUUCAAAACUUCCAAGACGGAUCUACGGGGAAAGGGGUACUUUCGGGCUGAAGACCUCUCAAAAAGGAAGGUUGCUGUAAAAUGAAGCUGAUAUGUUAUCAAAUGAAAUAGCUUGGCUCAAAGGUUAAACCUUUCCCAGACAAAGAAAAAACUGUGUAUAAAUAUUUAAAGAAUUGAUAAAAAUGACAUAAUUGAAUAUUCAUUGUGUGUUUUCAUUAUGAGCAUGCAUUUAAAUUUAUGAUUCAGUAUUAAACACUCAGUUUUAAUCAUUGCCAAGUUCUUGUUAGAUAAAAUAAUUUCUAAAUUGAACUAAUUAACAUGGUAGCAGUAUUGGAAGAAAUUAAUCAAUUAAAUAAUGAACCCUCAGCCUGUUUGAUUUUUCUGCAUGGUGUUGGUAGGAGCGGGCAAUAUGAAAAAAAUAAAUUUAUUAAACUUUUAGGUGAAAAUGCUAGCUUUAAACAUAUUAAAAUUGUUUUUCCAACAUCACCAGUCAAACAUUUUUCUCUUUUUGGCAAGGAUACAAAUUGUUGGUUUAAUGCUGAAGAAGAGAAUGGAAGGAUGAAAACUUCCCUUUCUGAAAUAGACGAAGCUGCAGAUUCUUUGAGAGAGAUCAUAAUCGAACAAGAAAAAUGUGGAAUAAAACGUGAUCGUAUUGUAAUUGGUGGUGAAUCUCAAGGUGGAAUGAUAUCUCUUCAUGCUGCUUAUCGAUUUUAUCCAGAAAUUGCUGGUGUUGUUGCAGUAUCAGCUUGUUUACCAGAACAGCAUACAGUUUACAAAGCUGCUAAAGAUUUAGAGAAACGUCCACCGCUUCUUAUGAUUCAUUCAUCAAAGGAUGGAAUGAUUCCAUUCGAAUGGGGUAAAAUAGCUUUUGAUCGACUGGAAGCUGUUGGUGUAGAAGGGAAGUUUCAUGAAAUUGCUGAGGCAUCACAUGAAUUAAUUCUUCAAGAAUUAGAAAUCAUCUAUAAGUGGAUGGAAGCUAUUCUUCCUCAAAUUUGAUUUUAUAAAUUUGAUUUUUAUAUUAUUUUAUUAAAUAAAUUAUUUAAAAAAAUA